AUGCCCAAGCACCGCUUCCCGCCCAAGCCGCAAAACAACAAGCGCAAAAACAAGAAGGUCCCUGAGACCGCGGAUGAGUUCCUGGAUGUCGGCAUCGAGCACGAAGAAUCCGGUGAUCGCUGGCGGCCCGGUGAUAAGUUGAAGGCCGGCCGGUUCUACCAAAGAGCGAUAGGCAGCUACACCACCGCGCUGCAGCUAAACCCCACCUCUUUUGACGCCGCCUACAACCUCGCCCGCCUGCAAUACCAGCUCGCCCAGCACCCCGAGCUCACAGGCAGCACGCACCGCGCCUCGCGCCUCCUGCUCAAGACCGCGGUCGACAGCCACCGGCGCUGCCUGGCGCUGGACCCGGCGAAUGAAGAUGCGCUCUUUAAUACGGGCCAGGUGCUGUGCAGCUUUGCGGAGGUGCUGAUCGAGUACCGCACUGCGCCCAUCGAGGCCAAAACCGAGGCCGCGCAGCUGCUCGUCGAGGCGGUCGAGACGCUGCAGCGCUGUCUGGCACUGCAGGAAGCGCAGUAUGCCGCUCUGCAGCAGACACAGACACAGACACAGACACAGACACAGACACAGACACAGACACAGACGGGCGACGGCGACACCGCCAUGGACAUGACCGACGACCCCACCCCCGCCCCCACCGCCCCCACCGCCCCCUCCUCCCAAACCACCGCCACCGAGCAAUGGGCCAUAAUCCAACCCCCCACCACCCCCAGCACCCUCCUCGACACGACCCUCGCCCUCCUCAGUACCCUCGCCACCCUCCUCCCCCUCACGCACCUCCCGCACACCCCACCCCUCCCCACAACCCUCACCACCGCGCACACCCUCCUCACCGCCACCCUCCCACCCCUCGCCCUCGCUGCCUCCCGCGAGCCCGAAGCCGCCCUGGCGCGCGCCAACCUCCUCGCCGCCGCCGUAGAGGCCACAUACCGUGCCGGCGGCGCCCUCGCCGACUACGAAGCGGGCAUCGCCGCGGCCUUCGCCGGCGUGGAGGGCGUGCAGGCGCUGUGUGACCGCGCGGACGCACACAUCCAGCUCGCCGGCAGCGUGCCCGACGAGGGUGUGGCGUGGCGGCACUACUCUGCUGCCGCGGCGGCGCUGGGUAGUGCGGCGGCGGCGGAGCCGGGGAGGGGCGAGAUCCAUGUUGCGCGUGGGGACGUGGAGCUGUUGAGGGCGCGGUUGGGGGUGGAGGUUGCGGUGGGGAGUAGGGGGUGUUGGUGA